CUUCUCUUUCCUUUUCCCCCUUUAUUUCCACAGGUUUUAUUGGUUUCUCGAAUUUGAUGACCCCUUUUUGCUUACAGGAUCCACCGCCAUGGCUACAUAAUCACUGACCCAUUUCACAAAUAAUACCCUUCUUUCCUUCUCUCCCAUGGCGUAUCACAAUCACCUCUCACAGGACCUUCCUCUUCACUUUUCUGACCAUCAACAACAGCACCACCACCACCACCACCAAAAUCAACCUCUCUCUGAUACUUCUUCUCUUCGUAACAUUUUGCCCGACCAGCUUCCCGGCCCCCACUCCUCGCCGGACCCCAAGUCUCACCAACCCCAUCAUCAUCACCACCAUCAUCCGCUUCAGACCGCACCCAAUUGGCUAAACAACGCACUUCUCCGUAACCAAAACCCCCAUUCUCACUACUCUACCGACACACCCACCACCGCCGCCGCUAAUACUAAUUUCCUUAACCUUCACACCACUGCAUCCGAUUCCACCGUUUCUCACUCCUCUAACCAAUGGCUCUCCCGUCCGAUUCUCCACCGUAACCACAGCGAUGUCAUCGACGAUGUCGCCGCCGCCGCUGCCGGUGAUGCUAUGAUCGGUGCUGCCACCGCCACGCUCUCUCAUGAUUCUGGUGACUUGAAGAACGAUGCUAAUAGCGGCGAUGGAUUGAACAAGAGUGAGGGUAUGGUGAUGGAACCUGGUGCCGGUGGAGAAGGGGUUUUGAAUUGGCAACAUGCUCGUUAUAAAGCUGAGAUUCUCGCUCAUCCUCUUUACGAGCAGCUUCUCUCCGCCCAUGUUGCUUGCCUUCGCAUCGCGACACCGGUCGACCAGUUACCGAGGAUCGACGCUCAGCUCGCUCAGUCUCAGAAUGUCGUCGCUAAGUACUCCGCCUUGGGCCACUCCGCUCCGCCGUCCAUGGUUGGUGACGACAAAGAGCUCGAUCAGUUCAUGACACAUUAUGUUCUUUUGCUGUGUUCAUUCAAAGAACAACUCCAACAACAUGUUCGAGUCCAUGCAAUGGAAGCAGUAAUGGCUUGCUGGGACAUUGAGCAGUCCCUACAAAGUUUAACAGGAGUUUCGCCCGGUGAAGGUACAGGAGCAACAAUGUCGGACGACGACGACGACCAGGUAGAUAGCGAUGCAAAUCUGUUUGAUGGAAGUUUAGAGGGUCCAGACACCAUGGGAUUUGGCCCUCUUAUUCCCACAGAGAGUGAGAGAUCCUUAAUGGAGAGGGUCAGGCAAGAACUGAAGCAUGAACUAAAAGCGGGCUACAAGGAGAAAAUUGUGGAUAUAAGGGAAGAAAUUCUGAGAAAGAGGAGAGCUGGAAAACUCCCUGGUGACACCACCUCUGUCCUCAAACAAUGGUGGCAAUCACAUUCAAAGUGGCCUUAUCCUACAGAGGAAGACAAGGCAAGAUUAGUGCAAGAAACUGGCUUACAACUGAAACAGAUAAACAAUUGGUUCAUUAACCAGAGGAAGAGAAACUGGCACAGCAAUCCUUCAAGUUCUACAAACUUGAAAAGCAAACGCAAGAGGUGAAAACAGCAGCGAUCGUUUCAAAUGACUUGUAAUUUCAACUUCUCAACAGCCAACAAAAUCCUGUUUUCAACACUUUUUUGCUGCAGCAUAUCCAACUCCCCCCAUACUAAUUAUUUUACAACCAUUGGAGGUAUUCAUUUUUAAGCUUGCAAAACGAGAACAUAGUUAUCGCUUUGACCAAACAAGUUAGGGAUGAAAAAACGGGACGAGGAUGGGGACAGAGAAAUAUAUGCAUGCUGUGUCGCAGCUGCAAGCAUAAAGAUCGAAAAGCUGCUCAACUAAAGAAUGUCAAGGGUUUUUUUUUUUUUUUUUUUUUCCCCUUUAUGAUUUGGUUAGAAGUUGAUAUUUAGGAGUAUAUUAGUGGAAAUGAAUUGGAUACUCCACAUGGAUGGAGUUAUGAUUUUUGUUUAGCUUCUUCAUGUAUGUGAAUAAGAAAGGUGAUGGGUUAUAUGGGUGUACAGUUUUAAUAAUCUGUGCAUUGUUCCUUACAGUAUAAUACAUGUCAUUAAUAUA